AUGGCUCCAAUAAAGAAGCGCACAACAGCGCGCGCAAAGUCGGCUCGCGCAGCCCGUCCUACCACCGCGACUCUCCCCAAGCCCGAUGGCAUAUCCUCUUUCCCCUCAUCCAAGCGCGACAAGCAGAAGAUCAAGCACUCUUCCUUCGUGUCCAAGAUUGAAAAAUCUUCCGCCAAGACUCAAAAGCGACGACGACCCAACAAUAAGUUGAUCGCAAACCUCGAGUCGCUUGCCGACGCACUGCCAGGCGCUGGGACAGAUGGUGAACUAGAAGUAGGCCAAGCGCGGAUAGUUCAGCCCAAGCAGAUGCUCGAGAGCAUGAAAAGAACGAAGGGUGCGAAGAAGAGGAAAGAGAAGCUGGAGAAGUUAGAGAAGGAAAGGUUCAACGCCAACCUAGUACAGCUAGUGGGAGGGAGUGGGAACAAGGCACAGGGCGCCGAUGCAGUGCGGGAUCGCUGGGCAGCACUCAAGAGCCAUGUGCAGAGCAACAUGGAGACCAAGCCCGAGUUCGCGCAGCAAUGA